GGGGAUCGCGCGCCGUCUCGCUCAUUCGAUGCACCAUUCAGGACGAAAAGGCUUGGGGCUGAUUCGUGAUGACCGGUCCGGCUGUGUCUCGCUUUCCUCGAAGGUGAGGAAUUAUCCCGGGUGCAGAUGUGGGGAACGAAUUUGACUCAUUCACUGCUGUCCUCCUAUGGGUGCGUAACUUACACUCUAGUACGAUAGCCCAAGGAUUCUUCUACUUUCAAGAUUAUUUUUCUUCCUGGGAUGGAGCUUUGGGUCGAUUCAGUCGGACUGGUCACUGGCGAAGGUUGCGUUGGGCUAGCCAUGAUUUUACCUGUCAAAUCCUCGGCUGUACCUGCAGCUGCCAUGCAAGCCUGUCUGCCAAUUCUUCUCCGUACCCUACAGACUUCCAACCGGAUGCACAACAGUGCAGCUCCGACGAUGACUAGCACGGGUGGGGGAACUGACCGGGAGCUCCGACAUUCUCCUUCCUCCCUCCCCUCAUCUUCCAUCCGCCUAUCCGGGGCUGAGAGGGUUCGAGCCGAGGCCAUCGAUAACGAACUAGCAAGCGAUGCGGGAAUAACCGAUCAAGAGAACGUAAACGUAUUCCAUCUGAAUUCUUUGUUCCGACCGGACAAUUUGCACCACCACCACAUCAUUCUCGUAUCAUCAAUCUCAAAAUCAACUUCAAGUACUACUGUACUCUCCGGUCUCAGAAGACACGAAUACCGUGCGGAUCAUCGAGUCGAGUAGGGUUAGGGAAUGGCCCCCAAGGACAUCAGCUCCGAGCAGGGACUAAUUUUACUCCAUUCGUCCACCGGCCGGCGCUUACAACACCUGAUUUCGCGCAGGGAUUCAAUGACCGGAAUGUUAGUCGGUUUUUGCAAUGAUACUGCGGCCUAUCUUUGCGAUUGGCUCUACUUACUGAGUAUUUCUCCUGCCCUUUCCGUAUUUGUUCGG